GUCGGUUAGCUGAACUCGGUACCCGGCUGUCAGUGCCUGAGAGCGGUGACAGCUAAAAAAAUAUUGUUCCAUCUCGAGCUGUACGGUUAAGACAAACGCCAAAAUGUUCGAGGAGGCCAGUGAAGUGUUUGACAACAUGUUUAAAUCUUCGUUUCCCCUAACUUUCAUCGUGUUUAUCCCCGCGGUGCUUAUCCUGGUGUCACCGCUCCCGGCCGAGGCGGCACAUGAGUUCACGGUGUACCGCAUGCAGCAGUACGACCUGCAGGGACAGCCGUACGGUACCAGGAAUGCUAUCCUGAACACCGAGGCCCGUACUGUGGAAGCAGAGGUACUAAGUCGUCGCUGUGUUAUCAUGCGACUGGCAGACUUCUCCUACGAUAAGUACCAGAAAGCUCUGCGCCAGUCAGCGGGAGCUGUGGUCAUCACCCUGCCCAAGAACAUGUCUGCUAUGCCCCAGGAUAUAGUACAGCAGUUCAUGGAGCUGGAGCCGGAGAUGUUGGCUACUGAGACCAUUGUCCCUGUGUACUUUGCCAUGGAGGAUGAUGAGCUGCUGUCCAUCUACACCCAAACCCUGACUUCCUCCUCCUCUCAGGGCUCUUUGUCAGCAGCUGAAGUGCUGCUGCACACGGCCACAGCCAAUGGCUUCCAGAUGGUCACCAGUGGAGCUCAGAGCAAAGCCAUCAGUGACUGGGCCAUCACCAGUUUAGAGGGUCGUUUGGCUGGAGUCGGUGGAGAGGACCUGCCCACUAUCGUCUUGGUGGCUCACUAUGACUCAUUUGGUGUCGCUCCAUGGCUGUCUUACGGAGCGGACUCCAACGGCAGCGGAGUGUCCAUGUUACUAGAGCUGGCUCGUCUCUUCUCGAAACUCUACACCUACAAGAGGACGCACGCUGGGUACAACCUGCUGUUCUUUGCAUCUGGUGGUGGGAAGUUUAACUACCAGGGCACCAAACGUUGGCUGGAGGAGAAUCUGGACCACACAGACUCCAGUCUACUGCAGGACAACGUAGCCUUCGUGUUGUGUCUGGACACUCUGGGCAACGGAGACUCUCUGCACCUCCAUGUGUCCAAACCUCCCAAAGAGGGAACUCCUCAGUAUUCUCUGCUCAAGGAGCUGGAGACGGUGGUGAGUAGUCAGUACCCGGAGGUCAAGUUCUCCAUGGUCCACAAGAAAAUCAACCUGGCCGACGACAUGCUGGCCUGGGAGCACGAGCGCUUCGGGAUCCGCCGGCUGCCGGCCUUCACUCUGUCCCACCUGCCCUCGCACCGCCUGGCUCAGCGCUCCAGCAUCAUGGACGUGCGGUCAGUGUCCCCCUCCUCUCGCCACGGAGCGGGAGAGCCCCCUGCUGGGCCUCAUGUUGAUGUAAAGAAACUCAGCAGGAACACCAAGGUGGUGGCAGAGGCACUGGCCAGGGUCAUCUACAACCUCACGGAGAAGGGCGCCCCGAGAGACCUGCAGAUCUUCACUGAACAAAUGCAGGUGCAGGAAGAGCAGUUAUCAGCGGUGGUGGACUGGCUCACAGCGCAGCCGCGAGCCGCCCAGCUGGUGGACAAAGACAGCAGUGUGGUAUCCACUCUGGAGUAUCAUCUCGGACGCUACCUCAAGGAUGUCAAGAGACACUACGUCAAAGCUGAUAAAAGGGAUCCAGAGUUUGUAUUCUACGACCAGCUCAAGCAAACUAUGAAUGCUUACAGAGUGAAACCUGCUAUUUUUGACCUCCUGCUGGCUGUCUGCAUCGCAGCCUACUUAGGGAUGAUGUAUCUGGCCAUCCAGAACUUCGGAGUCCUCUACAGUGUUGUCCGUAGAAUCACCCAACCCAAGGCGAAGGCCCACUAAGCCAACACAACACCUGUUCUGUUCCAGACCCUUUCCCUUUUCCUCGACUCAAGAAACUAUAGCCAGUAAGAACACAGAAGCUGGGCCGAGCUGCUGUUCUCGUGAUGGUUUUCAAACCAGCAGAAUCAUUUCCGUUUCCUUCAUCCUGAUCCACAAACUAUGAUGUCAGAUCCUGUCCUGCUGCCAGUUUAAUCCAAUCUGGUCUCAUGGGCCAGAAUAAUCAGGAAUCAUUCUUUUCUCCGCAGGUGUCUUGUCUUUCAUUUCAGAUAAUCCCUUUCAUUUGAUAUAUUUCAUUAUUUCACUCUCAUGAUUGAUUUUUGUCCGCGCCUCAGAGGUCUAGAUGAGAUUAAGUGAGAGUUGGUGAUGUUGCUGUACGACCGAUCGCUCUUCAUUCCUCUCCUCCUCAUACUGUACAAGCGAUUGUUCAGCCAAACUGACGUCACCUGUUUUCUCAGGCAGCUAGAGGGAGAAACUGACCACACAGAGUUUAGCCCAGAAUUUAUUUCGUUGAGACGUGUGUUCCAACCUUUGUUGUUAAAGGACAGUUUCACAUUUUAUCAAGUCUGACUCAAUGCAAUGCUCACAUUCCCCUAAAAACUUUGACCUAGCAACUUCAUAGCCUGGAUGGACAUGAGGAACGAUCACAUUGAUAACACUGUGAAUGUAGAUACCGGUGUGUGAGCUCUGCGUUUAGGCAGACUGGAAAAAUUCUGAACUCAUCCUUUAAAUUCUCAGAGAAAAUGACUCCUCAAAUACAAAUACUGUUUACGGAAAACACGAGUUGUCUAAAUAAAAUGUGAAGUAGUGUUUAGAUAAUCCUGAUGGUAGUGAAUUUAUCAAAAGAAACAUUAAGCUGAAUGGGAAAAAAAAAUCCUUGCCAAAUAAUUAUUGUCUGUAUGAAACUUCCCCUUUCUUGCCAUUAAAUGUACGUAGUUAUAGAAAUGUAAGGAGAUUCCAGCUUGAAAUUUUCCUUGUCGCCUUUUUUUCUGGGUUGUUUUUCUGUCGCUGUGUGAUUUAAUGUGUCUUAUUUUCCUUUUUUUUUUUUUUUUUUAAACUUGAUUAGUUGAAAUUAAAUGGUGAAGUACUCUGAUCUGAAAACUCAUGUUACAGAAGGUCCCAUGCAACAAUCAUGUUUUCUCGUCUAAUCAGAGCACGUGUGUGUUUAGUGUGUAAGAGUGCAACGCCAACAUAUCAUGACAAGAUAAAUACUCCCCCUUUACUCCUUAUCAUUUGGACUCAUGUGUGGCAAAAAAAAAAAGUGACUCAAUCAGGAAUUUUACAAGCCGUGAUAAGAUUUUGGUCAAGCUAGCACUGCAGUGUUUAUACACUGGAUGUCUUAAAGUGGGCAAUAACACAAAGGGUGUUGGAUCAAAUGGGGAAAAAUAUCUUAAACUCCUCCAGAAUGUUAGUGAGAAGUUGGUGUGUAAAUUCAACAGUAUCAUCGUGUUUCCUUGACUUUCUUUCUGCCCUAGUCUUGCUUUGUUGUGGGUGAAUGUUCUUCCCUUCAGUUUUUGUAUUUUCCAUGUGUUACUGCAUGACCUGUGACACCCCACCCCCAGUCGCCAUGGUAACACUGACAGGACUUUUGAUUUACCAACAUGAGGGAAAUGCUGCGUGUGGUACAUAUGACUUUUUAAUUUAUUGAACCCGUUAUCAUUUGUGCACUGAGAUGAUCUCUCCUCUGGUCUGAACUCUGUUUCACCUCAUCCACAACACUUGAUCUUCGCGAUGAAAAUGAUAUCAGCUGUGAUUAAAAAAUAAACGAUAAAAAGAAA